GUCAUCACCUCCGGUCGGGAUUUGCAGGCGAUUUAUGGUGCAUCGGUUUUUGCCUUUGAAGCCGAAAUACCGUAUUUUCUCCGGCGGGGAGGCCUCGGCAACAGCGAACCGGGAACGACGCAACUUAGACUGAUGUUUCUCUUAGCUCACGACCCCGCAAUGUCCAUGGACGAUCUAAAUGCAUGACGUCCGGAUGAAAUAGCCGCCCGCAAUACCACAUCUUGAAGAUUUAAGGCAGGCGUUCGUCGACAUUUCUUCCUUCGACUCAGACGUGUAAAUGUGCACAUACAAGGACUCAAAGUAGAUAUCAUACCCAAUCUCAUCCCAUCUCAUCGGGUCUCGAUUAGACGAACUUUCUUCCGAACUCUAUCCUUGGCAUUGGUUUCAUCACAUUUAAUCCCACAACCAAUACUUCAGUCUAUCCUUCAAAAUGUCCGGACAGCUCGCAAGCCUCGAUCCCUCCAUGGCGGAUCGUCUCCCCCCUCACUCCCAGGUCCUCUUCGAUGCCAAGGCGUCAGCCGGGCUCACAUUUGAGGAGAUUGCCAAGCAUCUAGGCCGCAGCGAAGUUGCCAUUGCGGGCAUUUUCUACGGUCAGGUCCAGGCCUCGGAAGAGGAUGUCCAGAAGCUGUCUGAGCUCCUCGGAAUCCAGACUGCGAACCUGAAGCAGCUGAACAACUACCCCGACCGCGGCCGCGCCGGGCCCAUGCCGCCUGUCGAGCCGCUCAUCUACCGCCUGUACGAGAUUGUGCAAAACUACGGAUACGCUUACAAGGCUGUCAUGAACGAGAAGUUCGGCGACGGCAUUAUGAGUGCGAUUUGCUUCAACACCAAGGUCGAGAAGGAGAUUGAUGAGGCGGGAAGCCCGUGGGUUGUCAUCACCCUCAAGGGCAAAUGGCUCCCCUUCACCCGAUUCUAAGACAGCCGCGCAGAUCUUGGAUACAGUAAAGAGAAGCGUCGAAUGAGCAACGUGAAAAGGAUUUCCUAUCAUCACGCAUGUCGUCAGAUGGUGGAUUGGAAGCGAGGAGUUUUGGCUUAGUGGCAAUGUACAUAAAAAAGAUGGCAGUCAUUCGAUUCCCCAAGGUAGUAAAUUUACAGACACGCGACU